GCCAAUUUAUGCAACUUGUUCUCAACCAUGAAUACCUCAUUGCAAUUAACUCUUCUAGCCAUUCUAGUAUCUUUGUUCUUUCUCUGGCGGGCCUUUCUGAGAAAGAAGAGGACUAACAGUAAGAGCACAGAGGCUCCAGUCCCAGCUGGUGCUUGGCCAGUUAUCGGUCACCUCCACCUCUUAGGCGGCGAUGACCAACUCCUCUACCGAACACUCGGAGGAAUGGCCGAUCGAUACGGGCCAGCAUUCAACAUAUGGCUCGGUACUCGCAGAGCAUUUGUGGUGAGUAGCUGGGAAGUGGCAAAGGAAUGCUUCACAACAAAUGACAAGGCUCUUGCUUCACGCCCCACAACAGUUGCUGCAAAGCACAUGGGAUACAACUAUGCUGUGUUUGGCUUUGCACCUUACAGCCCCUUUUGGCGCGAAAUGAGAAAGAUUGCAACACUUGAGCUUCUCUCCAACCGCAGGCUUGAGAUACUCAAGCAUGUGAGAGUGUCUGAGCUCAACAUGGGUGUAAGGGACUUAUACAAUUUGUCUGUCCAAAAAGGUUCUGGGAAUGUGCUUGUGGAGCUUAAUAAGUGGUUGGAGGAUUUGACUCUGAACAUGGUGGUUAGAAUGGUGGCGGGGAAACGGUAUUUUGGCGCCUCUGCUAAGUGUGAUGAUGGUGAUGAGGCGAGGCGGUGCCAGAAGGCGAUCAACCAGUUCUUUCAUCUUAUAGGGAUUUUUGUGGUUUCGGACGCGGUUCCUUUUUUGCGUUGGUUUGAUGUGCAGGGGCAUGAGAGGACAAUGAAGAAGACAGCCAAGGAGCUAGAUGCUAUACUUGAAGGGUGGAUCCAUGAGCAUCGCAAGAGCAGAGCUAAUGGCGAAGUUAAGGCAGAGGGUGAGCAGGAUUUCAUUGAUGUCAUGUUAUCUCUUCAGGAGGAAGGUCAGCUUUCAAAUUUCCAACAUGAUUCGGAUACUUGCAUCAAAUCCACUUGCCUGGCUAUGAUACUCGGUGGCAGUGAUACCUCAGCAGGAACACUUACUUGGGCCAUCUCUUUACUCCUCAACAAUCCCCAAGCAUUAAAGAAGGCACAAGAAGAAUUGGACCUGAAUGUUGGCAUGGAGAGGCAAGUUGAGGAGUCAGACAUUAGAAAACUUGUGUAUCUUCAAGCCAUUAUCAAGGAAACCCUGCGUCUAUACCCAGCUGGUCCUCUACUAGGACCAAGGGAAGCACAGGAAGAUUGUAAUGUUGCUGGCUACCAUGUCCCUGCCGGAACUCGCCUAGUGGUUAACAUAUGGAAGAUUCAAAGGGAUCCAAGGAUUUAUGAAGACCCUUCUGCCUUCAAACCAGAAAGAUUUCUUACAAGCCACGGAUCACUUGAUGUUAGAGGCCAAAACUUUGAACUCAUUCCCUUUGGCUCUGGAAGAAGGUCAUGUCCUGGCAUUUCAUUUGCACUUCAAGUUCUUCACUUGACACUUGCUCGCCUGCUUCAUUCCUUUGAAUUUGCAACCCCAUCAAAUGAAGUAGUUGACAUGACUGAGAGCCCUGGUUUAACCAUUCCUAAGGCAACUCCAUUGGAGGUUCUCAUUACUCCUCGCCUUCCAGCCCAAUUAUAUGCCUAGUGAAAUAGCUAAAGUUUUUAAGCUUUCUAAAAUAAAGUACUACUUGUGACUUGUGAGUUUGAAUAACCAUUCCUAAGGAAUUGAUGCAAUUCUUGUAGUUUGAUGUUAUGCCCAUAGUUGGUAUUAUAUGGGAUGCACGAGUAUUAGACUUAUUUUAAAUUUAUAGAAUUAUAUAAGUACACCUCUUUAAUUUGCA